GUGGCGUUUUGGGAGGCUGUGCAAAUUCUGAGUGUCCGGCAAGGCUGCUCCUGGGCUCCGCUCCGGGCAGGUGGGGCUCCCGCUCUCCCUCGGGCUGCCCGGAGGGCUUCUCCCCGCCUGGAGGAUGGUGCCACCAGGAAAACCUUUGGAGGAAGUUCUGCUUGCAGAAUCCAAUCUGGCUCAGUCACCUGGACCAGAGAUUUAGUCUUCUCAGCUUUCGGACUUGUGCUGGAGCUCAUCCUCCUGCCCAUCUUCCAACCUUUUAGCCAAAGUUCUGCUUGUUCGAGUUUCCUGGGUUGGAAAGCCCUGGAAGUGAGCAGCCUCUGGAAACUAUGCAGAGGGGGGAACACUUUGGCCAAAGGCUCCCUCAGGGGAAUCUGGGGAGACCCUUGAAAUGCUCCAAAUGCGGGAAAUCCUUUGGUCACCGGUCCCUCCUUUUGAUACACCGGAAGAUGCACAUGGGGAAUGGAUCCUACUUGUGUUUCAUUUGUGGAAACUCCUUUCCUGGAAUGUGGAGCUUUGCCAAACAUCUCCGGAGCCACCCUGGACUGAAGCCUUAUAGAUGUAGGGAGUGUGGGGAGCAUUUUGCUAAAGGAUCGGACCUUGGAGCCCAUCAGCAAAUCCACCAGGGAAAGAGAUCUCAGGAAUCCUGGAAGCGCUGGGGAAGAUUUCCUGGGAGACGGCGUCUUUCUAGGCCUCAGAACAGCCCAACUGAAGAGAAGCCCUGCAAGUGUGUGCAAUGUGGACUGUGCUUUUCUCAAACCUCACAGCUUCUUAAACAUCAGCAAAUCCACACCAGAGAGAAACCUUAUCAAUGUCUGGAGUGUGGGAGAUCUUUCCGUUAUAAACAAUUAUUUAGAAAACAUGAGAAAAUUCACACAGGGCAGAGUCCUUAUAAACGCUUCAAGUGUGGAAAACGUUUCACUCGGAGCUCAUCUCUUUGGAAACAUAAUAAUAAACUACACACAAAGGAGGAAAGCAAAACAUGCCGAGAAUGUGGAAAAUCUUUUUCCAGCAAAUCAUGCCUGCUGAAACAUCAGAGAAUUCACACUGGGGAAAGACCCCAUGAAUGUCCGGAAUGUGGGAGAUGUUUUGGUGAAAAGUCAAGCCUAAUUCGACAUCAGAGGCUUCACACUGGGGAAAGACCCUAUCAAUGCCCAGAAUGUGAGAAACGAUUUGUGGAUUCUUCUGAACUUCAGAGACACCAAAGGGCGCACAGGGUAGAAAAACUGUAUAAAUGUAAGUCACACCUAAUUCGACAUCAGAGAAUUCACACUGGAGAAAUACCUUAUCAGUGCCCAGAAUGUGGGAGAUGUUUUGGCUACAAGUCAUGUCUAAUUCGACAUAUGAAACUUCACACUGGAGAAAGACUCUAUCAGUGCCCAAAAUGUGGAAAACAUUUUUCCCAAAGGACACACCUAAUUCGACAUCAGAGAAUUCACACUGGGGACAGACCUUAUCAAUGCCCAGAAUGCGAGAAAAAAUUUGUGGAUUCUUCUGAACUGCGGAGACACCAAAGGAAGCACAGGGGAGAAAUACUAUACAAAGGUAAGUCACACACUGGGGAAACACCCCAUGAAUGCCCAGAAUGUGGAAAACGUUUUUUCCGAAGGGAAUACCAAAUUCGACAUACGAAACUUCACACCAGAGAAAGACCCUAUGAGUGCCCAGAAUGUGGGAGCUGUUACGGUGAAAAGGCUCACCUAAUUCGACAUCAGAGAAUUCACACUGGAGAAAGACCCUAUCAAUGCCCAGAAUGUGAGAAACGAUUUGUGACUUCUGUCGCACUUCGGAGACACCAAAGGAUCCACAGUGGAGAAAAACUAUAUAAAUGUAAGGAUUGUGAUAAAAGUUUUUCUUUUAAGGAAACUCUUUUUCAACACCAGAGUAUCCAUACAGGGGUGAAGCCCUAUCAGUGCAUUGAGUGUGGAAGAUUUUUCCGUACAAAACAAAUCCUCAGAAGUCAUGAAAAUGUUCACAGAGGGGAAAAAAAGUUCAAAUGUUUAGAAUGUGGGAAAGCAUUUGGUCGUUCAUCAACCCUUAGAAUUCACUGCCAAACUCAUACGGGUGAGAGAUGCCAUAAAUGCUCAGUGUGUGAGAAAUCUUUUAACCGGAGAGAUACACUUAUUAUGCAUCAGCGAAGCCACUUAGAGAAGCAAUAUAAAUGUCCGGAGUGUGAGAAAACCUUUCGUUGCAAAUAUUAUCUUAGAAAACAUGAGAGGAUUCACAAAGGAGAGAAGCCUUACAAGCCUGUGCAGAAAAAUGAAAUGUGCCCAGAAUGUGGGAAAUGUUUUGCCAGAAAGUCACAACUAAUUCAACAUCAGAGACUUCACACCGGAGAAAGACCCCAUCAAUGCCCAGAAUGUGGGAGAUGUUUUGCUUACAAAUCACACCUAAUUCGACAUCAGAAACUUCACACUGGAGACAGACCUUAUCAAUGCCCAGAAUGUGAGAAAAGAUUUGUGGAGUCUGCUGAACUUCGGAGACAUCAGAAGGGACACACAGGAGAGAGGCCCUGUAAAUGUGGGGAGUGUGGGAAAGGUUUUCCCACAGAAACACGACUACGGGCUCAUCAGAGAAUCCACACAGGGGAGAAGCCAUACCUGUGUGUGGAGUGUGGGAAAUGUUUUUCCCAAAAACAACACCUUGCAAGGCAUGAAAAGGUCCAUACGCGAGUGAAGCCAUAGUGAUGCAUAGUGUGGUAAUGUUUUGCUCAAAAGUGAGACAUCAGAAAAAUCACAUAGAAAAAGCCCUUAUAGGCUCAGAUGGUAGAACAGUUUGUCAUAGUUGUUCAACCCUUAGAAGUCAGUUCAUAAAGUGGGGGGGAAUAGAAACUCUCAGAUCAUGGGAGAGCGUUUUCUUGUCAAUCGUCCCUUAAAAAUCACAUUCUAAUCCAUAUAGGAAAGAUGCAUUUUAAAUCUUUGAAGUGUGAUGUAUGGUUUACCUGGAAAAAUACUCUCUCAGCAUCAGUGAAUUCUUAUUGGAGAGAAACUUUUUAUCAGGGGUUAGAAUGUGGUGAAGUUUUUUAUCGGAUCAUCAGAUCUUCAGAUGCACAUGAAUAACUCACACAGGAGGAAAACCUUACAGGUGUAUAACAUGAGAAUACUUUUCCUUGCCAGUUGCAACAUCUUGCCUCCUGGAGUUUGUCCAUUAAAAUUGCCUCCUUCGAAAUUUUCUUGCCAAGUUAAAUUUUGUUACAAUUUUAAAAAAAUUUAAUUUUAAGACAUGAAUAUGAAAAUCUGAUAUAACUGUGAAAACCUAAUAUCUAAUGCAGUGGUAGUCAACCUGGUCCCUACUGCCCACUAGUGGGCAUUCCAGCUUUCAUGGUGGGCGGUAGGGGUUUUGUCCGAUACUGAAGCACUUUCCUUUUUUUAAUUUAAUUGACUUUUAAAAAAAUGUUCCUAGCAUUAUUUAAAAACAUUUUCAUUAGGUUUUCAUAAAAUUCCCCGUGACAAUUUAAAUUUCUGAAAAUAUACUAUUUGUAUCGCCCACGCAUAAAUUUAGUUCACGUUACGUAAGUGAAACUAAAUGGCGCUAUAAUGCGACUGCAAACAAAAGAGCCUCAUCCCAGAAUAGCUUGCACAUCUCCCCCCACACCACCCAGCUGUAACAGAGCAGAGCUGGUAGCCGGCGCCCCCCCCCAAUCCACAAUGCAGAAGAGGCAUGCACAGACGACGAUACAUAGCGCAUUACUGUGGCAGUUAGAAAAUUUUAUUACUAACAGUGAUACAAAAGUGGGCAGUAGGUAUAAAAAGGUUGACUAUCCCUGAUCUAAUGUAAAAUUGUCUGAAAUAAUUUAAGAAUUUAAAAAGAAAAAGGGAAAUGGAUGAAAAGCAAAUGGAGGGUUCAUUUAAUGACCAUUCGAUGUUACAGUGGCACUGAAAAAAGGAACCUAUGAUCAUUUCUCAGCAUCCCCAUUGUCACAUGGUCAAAAUUCAGAUGCUUGACCGCUGAUUCGCAUGUCAUUAGUUCAUUAGCUGGUUUUCAAUUCAAUAGCAUUUGAUGGAAAAGAAAGAGUAGACCACAAUAAAUGGAUAAAGUAUCAUAUCCUGAUACCUUACACUUUUUGUCUCAUUUCCCACUUUCCCCAUCAAUUUGUCAAUACAGGUAGUCAACUCAAAAAUGUACAAUGCUGUUAUGACUCUGUGGUUGUAGCAAUUGGUAAUGGACAACACUAGGCUCAAAAAUUGCUUAGAUCUCAUCUUCUGUAAUACUUAAAUUCAAUUUAUGGCUUACAAGUUAAAGAACCAUUUUCCAACAGCGAUCACAGCUUGAUAGAUUUUUGUCUCAAUUUGUGUCCUUGCAGACAGGGUCCUAAUUACGGUACUUCAAAUGAUAACUUGAAAAAAGCCAACUAUAAUCUCAUAGCUGCUGACCUCGCAUCCCUUGAUUGGCACUUUCUGUUCACAGGUUGUAAAACUGCAGAUGACUGUUAUAACACUUUUUUACUCUAAAUCAAUAGAGUCGUUAAUCUAAAUGUAAUAAAAAUGACCUCUAAAGCUAAAAAGAACAAAUUAAGUUGCAAUCCAAGAAAAAAAUCUCUUUGGCGAGAAGACAAAACUGGCUACGUAGCUAACUUUAAAGGCUGCUACAAAGCCUUAUGCCACCACAUAAAGGGUGAAUGUACCAACUACUAUUGCAAACAGUAGGAAGCGCUGUUAAACUCAAAGUCUACCUGAGCCUUCUAUAAUUUUAACGCAAAAAUUAAAGACUCAAAAACAAUCCCACCCUUAAAAGGGUCUAAAGGGGAAGACUGUUACAAUGAUGCUCUUAAGGCCAACCUUUUCAAUACAUUUUUCAGCUUGAUCUUUGGUGACAGCAAUGGCCACUAUCCCUCACUUCCUAGUUGCACCAGGGUUGGGUUUCACUUACCUUUGCUACAGGUUCGCUUGGGCGCACACUGUCUGCACAUACACAUUAGCUUUUGUGGAUGCACAGAUAGUAUUUGUUUACUUCCAGGCAGGUGGGUGGAGCGUCACCACUGCUACCGAUUCGCCUGAACUGGGGCGAACCGGUAGCAACCCACCACUGAGUCGCACCAUAACAAAUUGUAGCAAUUUACUAUAUAUUGAUUUUACAGUAGAUAAUGUUAAAUGGCACUGCAAAACCUAAAGCCAUCCUUAUCUACUGGCCCCGAUGGACUAUGUGCCUACUUUUUGAAAAAGCUUGCUACUGAGGUAGCCAAGUUACUAUGCACAAUCUAUGAGGUAUCUUCAAACCAGCUCCCUGCCCAAACUAUGGUAGCUAGCCACAGUUUGUUUUUGUUUUUUUGAAUUUAUAUCCCGCCCGUCUCCGAAGACUCAGGGCGGCUUACAAUGUGUUAAGCAAUAGUCUUCAUCCAUUUGUAUAUUAUAUACAAAGUCAACUUAAUUGCCCCCAACAAUCUGGGUCCUCAUUUUACCUACCUUAUAAAGAAUGGAAGGCUGAGUCAACCUUGGGCCUGGUGGGACUUGAACUUGCAGUAAUUGCAAACAGCUGUAUUAAUAACAGACAGACUUAGUCCGUUGACUAAGGCCCACCAGAGGCUCAAUCUUUAAAAAAGGGGACCCUAGUCUAGUCGAAAAUUACAGACUAAUCUCCCUGUGUUGCAUCACCUGUAAAGUCAUGGAAUCAGUUAUAAACCAAUCCAUCACCUGUCACCUAGAGACAAACAACCUGCUAUCUCACAAGCAGUUUGGUUUUAGAAAAAAAUUGUCCUAUAAUCUGCAACUCCUACACUGUAAAAACAUCUGGAUCAUACAUCUUGAUCAGGGUAAAGCAGUAAAUGCAAUUUACAUAGACUUCUGUAAAGCCUUUGAUUCAGUAGUGCACGACAAACUACUGCCAAAACUAAGUUCUUACGGCAUCUCCAGAUCCCUGCACAUGGAUAGCCACGUUCCUGUCCAACAGGCAACAAAUAGUCAAAAUUAGUUAACAGGGGAGUCCCCCAAAGCAGCAUCUUAAGACCCACAUUCUGCCUUAUAUCAACGAUCUGCAUGAUCAAAUUAAAAGCAACUGCAUCCUCUUCGUUGACGACAUAAAAUUAUUUAAUACCACUGGCAAUGCUGCCAUACUGCAAAGUGACUUUGACUAUGUGUCUAAAUGGUCGCAUAAUUGGCAGCUCCAAAUCUAGAUUCAUAAAUGCUGUGUCCUACACAUUGGCAAAAAAACUCAGAACACCAAAUACAGGUUAGGCGAUACCGAUCUCAGACAUGACUCUCACUUUGAGAGGACCUAGGAGUACUCAUUUCUAAUGAUCUAAGGCCCACUGUAACAGCAUUGCCAAAAAAGCAUUAAGAAUUGUUAACUUAAUUUUGCGAAGCUUCUCUUCUGAUUAUAUUGUAUUGUUAACUAGAGCAUAUAAAAUCUUUGCCAGACCAAUUCUUGAAUACUAUUCACCUGUUUGGAAUCCCUAUUGGACAUUAAAACAAUCGUGCAGGUCCAGAAGUAUUUCACAAGAUGAGUACUGCACUUCUCUGCUCACAAUAAAAUCCCCUACACCACCAGGCUAGAAAUCCUGGGCCUCGACAAUCUGGAACUGCGAUGACUGCGGUCUGAUCUAAGCAUUGUGUAUAAAAUUGUCUUGCUGUUCCCAUUAUACCUGUAUUUGCUUCCAUUGUUCAUGUUUUGUUUAUACUUGUACUUGCUUCCUUGUGCAUGUGACAAACAUAUUGAAUAAAUAAAUAAAUAAACAUAAAUAAAUAAAUACAAGGUGAAGCCAAAAGAAUGUGGAGAUGUUUUGUUGAAAAGUUACACCUAAUUUUGACAUUGGAGACUUCACACUGGAGGCAGACCCUAUCAAGGCCCAGAAUGUGAAAAAAGAUUUGUGGAGUCUGCUGAACUUUGGAGACACCAGAAAGGGUACACAGGAAAGAGGCCCUAUAAAUGCGGGAAAAGGAGAGAAGCUUUUCAAGCAAGUGUGUGUACAGGAAAAUAAAAAGUGCCCAGAAUGUGGGAAAUGUUUUGGUGACAAGUCAAGUCAAAUUCGACAUCAGAAACUUCACACUGGAGACAGACCUUAUCAAUGCCCAGAAUGUGAGAAACAAUUUGUGGAUUCCGCUGAGCUUCAGAGACAUCAGAAGAAGCACACAGGAGAGGCCCUAUAAAUGUGGGGAGUGUGGGAAAACUCUUACCCAAAAUGAAACCUUAGAAAGCAUCAAAAGGUCCAGAGAGGACCAAUCUUAUUUCAUUCUUUAACAUAGUGACUAAAUUAAUAGACCUGUGAAAUACUGUGGAUAUAAUAUACGUAAGACUUCAGCAAGGCAUUUGACAAAGUAGACCACAACCUACUGCUUCGUAAGCUAGAAAAAAGUGAGAUAGAUAGCUUCAUCACCAGAUGGAUUCGCAAC